AAUAUUUUCUAAAACAUCAGGUACUGCUUUUCCCCUUAAACUGGCUUUCUCUUCAGGAACAACUUAUAGCUCCGCUGGCUGACUGGGUUCCUCCUCUGAAUUUUGGCCCUAGUUCACUUGAAGCACUAAAGGCAUUUAAAGUAUUUAAAGUGCAUUCCUAGCUUUGAGCAGUUAAUGGCACCGAAGUCAAAAAGAUCACUCAAAAUACUGCUUUAAGUGAGACUAAUCUACUGAGUACCUCAGCAAAAAAAAUGGGAUCUCACAGCUGACCAGAGUUAACCAUCUGAGUCUAACAAUGAGUAGUGAGUAUUUUAGCAUUCCAGCACAAACACAGAAGGGAAAAAAACACGUGCGAAUUAUAAUGUAAUUUGAAACACAAAUCAAAACGAGGAAAUUGAUUUUCUUGUGUAUUGUUCUUCAGCUGGUAAAAAAAGUAGCUGCUUAUUUGCCACAGAUCAUCCUCUUGCAUUUUUUCUCAAACACUGUGUACUCUCCUGGAUUCUUAGAUUUUGGAACUGGCACCCUGCUUUUUUGGCUGUUGGACUGAAUCUAUGUUAUGUCUGCAGUUCAUUCCUCUAUUCCAAACCGAAGAUGUGAUGUUUAAAAUAAUGUCUAUAUUGUUGUACUACAUUUUUUUAAGUUUCAACUUUUAUAUUCCUAGCCUCAUGCUUUAGAUUUGCAGAGUACACUUACUGUGCUUGCAGCUAAAUGAGGGUAGUAGUUAUCAAACCAGUUUUGAACAGCAAUGACGCUCUGUCCUUGCUUAGGGCAACUAAGCCUGGAAAGAUCCCAAUCUGUGAAGGUCAGAUUGUCUUGUUAGGAGUACGUGGUUCAUGGUAGAAAUUAUUUCCAUUAGAUCAGAUGUAUAUGUAUAUAAAUAGCAGAACCCAAACCAGAUAGGAUUCUUACAGGAAAAGCUAUACAGCAAAUGAAGUUAUUGCAUCAGAGUUUUGUGUUUUAUGUUUUUCUUAAACGUAUGACACGGGGAGCAGAUUCAUAUUUCUUUUUACAACAAAUCGGAUUCUAUCUCAAAAGUCUAUUGUUCUUCAGCAAAGCUAAACAAAGAGUGCAAAGCUUGCUAUUUAUUCUGUGUCUCAAGAUGACAUGAUACUAUCUAUGUAUUGUGCAUUGCACAAUAAAAUGUUAUAUAACCCCAGGUUUUAUUUUAAGAGAAUGCCCAUUUUGGACAACAGUGACAAAAUCAGUUCCUUAUGCUGUGCUUGAGCAAAGCAUCUUUUCAGGGGAACCAUCUUGCUGAAGAAUGCAGGGCAAAAGCCAGCAGCGGAGUCAUACUCGGCAUAUUCCGUACCAGAAAACUUCAGUACUCAGAGAACUUGCCAUUUUAGUUGUUAUGUCCAUACAAUAUUUGCUCAAACCGAUCUCUAGAAACCAGUGGAAGCCUUUUGGUAAGUUUCAGCAGGCAGUGUGUCAUCAUGCAAACAGAAACACAAGAACCUAAGAGCCAGUGAGCACAAACUGACUGAGGAGCGGGUUGGUCAAGGUAUUGAUUGCAGAAAUCCAUGCAAAAUUCUCAGGUGACUUGGCUUCACUUAUUUUUCUGUAAUCUUCUUAGAACUCCUGCCAAACUCAGAAGACCAAAACAUGGGAACUGUUUAUAGUAAGCAACAAAACCAAUCCAUACAAAGCUAAGUUCAUCAUUGAUAUAAAACAACUGUCUUCAGUAAAGUUGUGCCAGAGUUGAAUGUUGCUCAGCCACUUUGUGUAUGUCAGCAUGGUCUCUAAGGCACUGAUCGCAGCACUACAAAUAAUUGUUGUAUUUAAAAUAAUCCAUUGCCAUCCAUUUUGCUGUUGUUGUUGUUCAUUCCAAAUGAAAAUAUUUUGCAGAUGGAUACAAGUCAUGUGUAGCCUGGGGCCCACAGUUUCCAUUCUUGCAUCUAGGACAAAAAAACAUCUUCCAUGAAAAAAUAACCAGAUAUUUAAUUACCUUUCCUAAGGGUAUUUUGGAAGUUGUCUCCCCCAGCUGUUUUGUAGAUGUAGCACUGGGUGUGCAUCUGCACCAUUCUGCUCGGCCUCUGUGGCCAAGGGGCUGUGGGUGCGGGCACAGAAGCGAGAAGCAAUCUCUGGAAAGCAGCUCCUGUCGUCAGGAUCAGCCACCCCGUUGGGAGGGACUGGGACUGCAUUUCUAAUAUAACUGUUAUAUAUUUCUAAUAUAGCUCUAGUCCCUUAAAAAAUAAUUACUUGGAUUCUGAUCUGCUUUAGAACACGUUAGAUCGUGACGGCUUAAAGAGCUGUAUUUUGUCCACCUUGGUCUCUAGACUCUAACUUUGGUUUAAUUCCCUUUUUGCAGGCAGCCCGAUACAGUAGCUCUAAGGAAGAUGUGAUCUCCACAGCCACUGAAAGAGGAGUCAAUUCUGAAGCAAUGUGAUAGCUGAAAUUUAUUAUUUUUUUCUGUAAAGUACUUAAUCUUUAAUCAACAAACACAUGAGACGGGAAUGUCUUUUAGAAGAUCCAUAUUAUGUGUUUCUGAGCCCUGUCUCAUCACCUGGGAGAACAUGAUGAGUCCCACUGAACUCUGCAAACAUCCAGAUGAGAUCACUUCAAAACACCUGUAAUAUGUAGUGGCUUUUGAACAAUGAUUUCUUUUCUUUUCCACUUCUAAAGCACACAGGAAGCAUCCCAGUUUCAUUUAGUAUCUAGGCAUACCUCUGAAGUGGCAUUAUGCAUAAACUCACUAAAAGUUAGAUAAAAUGGCCUCCCAUGCCUCAACAAAAGUGUUUGCUUGGGGGCUCCUCACUGAUGUGUGAUGCAACCUGCAUGUUCCUCUGAAUGUUCUGUACAGGAUUUUGUUUUCCUGGUAAGCUUUAAGUGAAUUACUUAUGCUUAUUGGUCAAAGACCAUGGCCAGGAUCACUCCAAGGGAUCUUUAUAUGGAGCAUUCCUUGUAUGGAUACAAGCUAAUGUGCAGUUUGUCCUUUUGGCAGAGAUCUGGCACUCAUUUUUUUUUUUUCCUUUUUCUUUUUUUCUUUUUUUUUCUUUCUGAAUUAGAGACUGCAGUUUAUAAUUAUUUUUGAUUAACCUCCUUGUACUCUGCUUAAGACAAAAUCAUUCUCAGAUCGUUUUAGGAAUGUGCCUUCCUUGAAUUUUGUUGGCUACUACUCAUAGCAAUAAUGAAAAGCUGUGGCUGUACAAUGUAACCUUUCAUAGGCAAGACACUAAAAGUGCAUGUGUGCUUUGUGAAGUACGAGAUACUGGUGAAGCUUAGUAAAUAACUAAUGACAUUAAGAGAACUCCAUAUACAAGUAUUACCAACUAGGAUUUGGCUUUGGUUUUUGAUAGGAGGGGGAAGAGAGGAGACAUGGGAGAUUAAAAAUGAACUGGAUCCCUGUCAUGUUCAAAGUAUGUGGAUGCACAUAAAUAUUACACAAACUUACCAUGUCGUUAAGAGACCAUAAAGCUGUCCUCACCCUCAUUUUUCUUCUGCACCAAAUAACGACCCCUUUUUGCUCACCUUUCUUUAAAAACAGAUGUGCAAUUGCAGGAAUAGGAAGAGGUAAGCUUGAAUACCUUGAACUCCUGUCCUUUUAAACAAUUGAAUGCAUAUAGCCAAAAACUGGCAUCAGCAAGCAAGGCAGCUGCAGCACGUUCCAAAUAUUGCUCUAUUUAAAGCAUCCCAAGGCUCACAAGAACAACUGCAGAAGCAAACCUUAAAUCUUGUCAAUAAAACCAGCAGAGGGAGGAAUGGCAGAACCAGCCCCAGUCCCACUUUCCCGUCUCGUUGUCCCUAUUCUCCUUGCAGUUGGCUGGAUCGUGGGUUGUGCCCUGAUGGUUUACAUCGUCUUCUCCUGACAGAAUUUUAUUUGUCUUACAGGACAGAAGAAUUUCCAAUGAUGUUGACUGGAAGAACCUGAAAGUAAAUUGGAAUGCCGAAUGACACAAAUAUCUAUAAAAUGAAUUAUUUUUAAUAUCAGCUCUAGAUAUGGUGUAUACUUUUUAUCUGCAACAAAGGUGUGAAAUGCUAUGUAGGAAGAAUCAUUAAACCAAUUUCCUGAUUUUCAAA